CAUAAAUUCAUGUAAAUGUUGUCUAGAAUAUUUUGUUCUGAUUUCUCACUUGAAAUUGUUCAAGUGACGCAGGCACUAACUCGUGCUAGGGUUCCUAUAGUAAAGCUGAUGGAUCCAGUUACUGGACUUUCUUGUGAUAUAUGCAUCAAUAAUCUCUUAGCAGUUGUUAACACAAAGCUCCUGAAGGAUUAUGCGCAAAUAGAUGACAGAUUAAGGCAGUUGGCUUUUAUUGUGAAACAUUGGGCCAGAUCUCGUCGCAUCAAUGAAACAUAUCAAGGGACACUUUCUAGUUAUGCUUAUGUGCUAAUGUGCAUUCACUUCUUGCAACUGCGCAAGCCUGCAAUUCUUCCUUGUUUACAGGCAAUGGAAGCAACUUAUGCUGUAACCAUAGAUAACAUUGAAUGUGCUUACUUUGAUCAAGUGGAAAAACUGCAUGAUUUUGGUGCCAGAAACAAGGAGAGUAUUGCACGGUUGCUUUGGGCAUUCUUUCAGUACUGGGCAUAUCAUCAUGAUUACACAAGUGAUGUUAUAUCUGUUCGAACGGGAAGCAUCAUUAGCAAGCAAGCUAAGGAUUGGACAAGGCGGAUUGGAAAUGAUCGUCAUCUAAUAUCCAUAGAGGAUCCCUUUGAGACUUCUCAUGAUCUUGGCCGUGUGGUUGACAAAAACAGCAUUAAGAUUUUGAGGGAAGAAUUUGAACGAGCUGCAGAUAUUCUGCAGUGUGAUCCGAACCCCAGUGUCACGCUUUUUGAGCCUUAUGCACCAAAUUCAAUGCAAAGUUCAAACCAAUAGGAUUUUGUGAAUAGGUUUCUUAGCUUUAAUUGUAUAUCCUUGUUCCUUUUGGGAGGGGCGAGGUUUUCUUAUAUCCCUUUUGUGCAUAAUAUGUAUUAUGGUGGCAACUAUGUUUUCUGCUGUAAAGAAACUUCUAGGUCUGCAAGUUAUGUAGCUUAAUUAUUUUCAUAUCA